CUCCUGCUUGUCUGUGAAAUGCAGUUGACACAUCGGCUGGACCUGUUUCCCGACUGCACGGUGACCCUGCUUUUAUUUAAAGAUGUCAGAAAUGCUGGCGACUUGAGGAGAAAGGCCAUGGACGGCACCGUGGACGGCGCCUUACUCAAUCCUGCGGUGAUUGUCGAUCCAUUUCAGAUACUUGUAGCGGCAAACAAGGCAGUUCACCUCUACAAACUGGGGAAAAUGAAGACAAGAACUUUAUCUACUGAAAUUAUUUUCAACCUCUCCCCAAAUAACAAUAUUUCAGAAGCUUUGAAGAAAUUUGGAAUUUCAGCAAAUGAUACUUCAGUUCUCAUUGUUUACAUUGAAGAGAAAGAAAAACAAAUAAAUCAAGAACACUUAAUAUCUCAAGUAGAAGGUCAGCAAAUUUCCCUGGAAAAUCUUCCAGAAAUAACAAAUAUUGCAGAAGUCAAAAAGAUAUAUAAACUGUCUUCACAAGAAGAAAGAAUUGGGACCUUAUUAGAUGGUAUCAUUUGUCGAAUGGCAACAAAAGAUGUUUUAUGAAGAGUCCAAAAUGCCAACACUUAUUCAUUUUUAAAAAACAUUGCUUU